UCUUCACACGUGAGCAUAUACACAUUACACAUAUAUAAUUGCAAUUUCAUAUAAUGGCGUUUAUCUGUACUUGGAAUAGAAUUCAUUUAUUAUUUUCGCUUAUGAAUUUUGUGUUCUGAAAAAUUAAUUAAGAAUAUUUAUGUGUUAUUGAUAUAAAUAUAAUUUAAAAUGAUUAUAGAAAAUCCAGAACAAUUUAAAAAUUGGUUGACCACGGUUUUAGAACCAUUGUGUGAUGCUGAUCCAGCUGCGUUGGCUAAAUAUGUUUAUGCUUUAGUAAAAAAAGAUAAGACUUUAGAAGAGUUACAAGAAGGAAUGGUUGAACAAUUAGAUGUAUUCUUGCAACAUGAAACUAAGAAGUUUGUAGACUUGUUGUUCAAAACAUUAGAAACUCAAGAUUACUUGUUACAAGCUCCUCAAGGAAAUCUGACUGAACCAAUAUCAUCUCCACGAAUCAACCCUUUCGAACAUUCAGUAAAUUCUGAACAAUUAGUAGAACCAACUGUAACCCAGUUGUGUUCUAUUACAAAUCCUGCACUUUCAGUACAAACUAAUGGAUCUACAGCUACUUCGACACUGAAUAAAAGAGAAUCUCGAAAAUCUGAAUCUGAAAAAGAGGAUAAGGAUAAACGAACUAGAAGCCGAGGCCGUUUUCGAUCACGAUCGAAGUCACGAUCAAGGUCGUGGGAAAAAGAUCGACGCAGAUCAAGAAGUCGAGAGCAUCGUAGAGAUCGAGAACGUGACAGAAGCCGACUGUGGAGAAACAAAUCACCACCAUCUACUGUGAGACGUCAUGAAAGGAGACGAAGUCGCAGUCGUAGUUCAUCUUCUCUGCGGAUACGAGUGCGGGAAAUAGCUGAUAGCCGAGAUCACAGAAUCCGUUUUCGUAAUCGAUCUCCUACACCGCUCCGCUCCCGAUCACGAUCUAAGUCAACUGAAAAAAAAAAUAUAGAUAAAACAGAAAAAUUAGUCGAUGAAAGCAGAUUAGACUGCAUUGAAACAAGCCCAGCUGGUACACCUUCUCAAGACAAUAACCAUGGAGAUAUCGAUAUGCGAUUGUCUACAGCCAGCCAAUCAAUUCAAAGUGUCGUUGCCUUAACAUCAAAUAUAUCGAAGAAUCAAAUUGGAGAAUUCCUACUUAAACGCCGCUGUCGUGAUUUCGAUGAAAAGGGGUAUUGUAUGCGUGGAGAUUUAUGCCCAUAUGACCAUGGUACCGAUCCUGUUGUGCUUGAAGAUGUAGCACUCAGUCGAGUUUUAACAUUUGGACCUCAUGGUAGUCAAACUGUCGGUACUGAAACAGUACCUACUAUAUCCAAUUCAUCGUUAGGACAAAAUGGAACCGGACAACCACCUCAUGUUCCUCUUGCAAAUUUACCACCUCCUAAUUUACGGAAUCCGCCUCACUCUAAUAUGGAAUACAAUCCCGAUGCUCCAAGUAUGGAGCCAAGAAUAUCAUGGAGCCGGCAUUCUCAAUCUAAUGUGGGGAUUUACGGUCGUGGAGAGCGUGAAUUGAUACGCGUUCCAGUCAUCCCCCAUAUACAACCUCCUGAAACUGUUCAUUCCCAAACAACUAGUUCAUUAAAACGAAAACAAACCUUCGAUUUCAAUCGACUCGGUCCUAAGCAACGACUCAAUCAUAACUCUGCCAAUUGUUCUCUAGAACUCAAAAAAGUUCCUCGUACUUUGAACAAUAUUACCCAAUUAAAUAACCACUUUUCUAAAUUUGGUAAAAUUGUUAAUAUUCAAGUCAAUUUUGGUGGUGAUCCGGAAGCUGCUCUCGUAACAUUUCAAUUACCAUCUGAAGCUAAAGCUGCUUAUCGUAGUACUGAAGCAGUCUUAAAUAAUAGAUUUAUUAAAGUUUUUUGGCACAGUAAUAUUAAUAAUACUGCAGCUAGUAGUGCUAUUGAAAAUGUCCCACCCGGCUGUCGACCAUCUGUCAAAGAAAGAUUAGGUGCUGCUGUACCUUUGUCAAUAAAAUUAGAUGACAAUGAAUAUGUUCCCACGCGCCGCUCUAAUGAUGACCAACAAGAAAAUGAACGAGCACCACAACAGCAGCAACAAGAGCAACAUCCACAACAAAAACAACAGCAGCAACAAGAAAAGCAAGUAUCCCAACAAAAGCAAGAUCAGGAACAUCAGCAACAACAACAAAAUAAAAAGCAGCUCCUACCAGAUCAGCAACAACAAUUGCAACAAUCACAAGAACAGCAGCAACAACAAAUAUUGUUAUUAUUAAAACAGGAAAAAGAACAAGAACCAAAAAAACAGGAGCAACAACUUUUACUUCUACUACAGCAGCACCAAGAACAACAACCACAAGAACAGCAACAACAACAUCAACAAAAACAAUCCACAACCAAUUUUACAAUUUCUUCUCAGAAAAAUAAAACAAUAGCUUCUACUCGAGAAGAAAAAGUUUAUGCUAUCAAAAAAACUCAAGAAAUUUUAGCGGUCAAAGAAACACUGAAGAAAAAACAAGAACAAAAGCGUAAAGAAGUAAUUAAAAUAACUGCAGAUCUCCGAAAACGUAAACAGGAACUUUUGGAUAAAAAUUUAAUGGAGAUUCGCACUCUAAUCGAAAAAGCAGAAAAAAAUCCAGAGCAGAAAGAUGCAAUAAUGGAAACAAUUAAAGUAAUACAACAAUGUAUUGAUCAAUUGCGUAAAGAUCUUGCGGCGAAUGGACAAUCUAGUGGAACAAAAUUAUUAGUCAAAUCUCGAGAGCAAACUCAAAAAGAAAUACUUGAUGCUGAAUUAGAUCUUAUGACUGCCCAUCAGGAAGGACAAGAUGCUGGUGAGUUGCAGAAGAGGCUAAAUGAAUUAAGAGCUCAAGCUGCGGUGUUGAGUAUAAAUGCUACCAAGGGUACUAAUAAAAAUGUGAAAUCAAGUCGAGUAGUUCGUGGUGGUCACAAUUUUACGUGUCGUGGUCGUGGUAAUUAUAUGCAUGUUUCUACAGAUCAUCGUCCAACUAGUCUUCUAAUUUCCGGGUAUGAAACUGAAGAGAAAAUGGAAGUUCUUGCUCACUUCCAGCAAUUCGGCGAAAUAGUCAAUCAACUAGUUGAUGAUGCAACUCCGUCUAUUGUACUCAAUUUCAAGUCGAGAAAGGAAGCUGAAAUUGCGAUGCUCAAAGGUCGCACAUUUCAAGACCGGUUACUUUCAGUAACAUGGAUUUCGACGCAUCAUUUACAUCGUGGUGGUAUAGGAGCAACACUAACUACUAAUCCUCAUUCAGUUGUUUCUUUAAGCUCCGAUCAAAAUCCUGCUGAAAUAAUGUUGUUAGAAGAGCAUGAAGAAGAAGAAGAAGAAGAUGGAGAAUCAAGGAGUUGGCGGCGAUAGCAAUAUUUAUCCAAUCAUUUGUGGAUGAAUUCUGUUGCAAAAUGAGUUAUUUAAAAAUCUACUACGUGCUUUUAAGAAAAUGCAUGUUUAUUUCUUAUGUAAUCAGUGUAUCAUUGAAUGGUCGUGUAUUUGAAUUUACGUUUUUUAACUUUCAUAAUACUUAAUGUAAGAUACGUUGAAAUAAAUGUCAUAUUCGUUGCAUUAAA